AUGACGCCUUUAUAUCUCACCUCGUAUUUGGUUCUUGCUGUUUUUGUUUUUUAUAGUUCUGCGAGCUACUACAACUGCGAGAACGGUGUCUAUGACACCUUGUACCAUCUGACAGAGGAAUGCAGACAAGCUUCCUACACGCCUUAUCUGCGCGAGCUCAGGAAAAAGCAAAAGCAGGUGUCUGGACAGGACAUUGCCAAUAUGCUGGAGGGCUAUUGCAGAGUGGCAAACGACACAACAAUCUGUGUGGAAGACUACGUCAGCAAAUUGCCCUGUCUGACCCAGGAGAUGGAGCCAUUCAGAGUCAUGAACAGGCGCUCCAACUGGUACUGCAACGAAGAUAAAGUGAAAGACGUCAUCAAAGACAUAUACAACAACCUUCCAGAGGAGGCUUUGAACUACCGAACUAACCAGUGCUACAAAGAAGCACCUAUCACGGCCUAUCCUUGCAUCAAGCGGUACUUAAAUGUCAAGAAACCUCCCAAAGACAAACGAGAAACAAUGAAAAAGAUUCUCUCAUCUUUCCGUUGUACGUACAGAAAACUGCUUCGCAAGUGCAGCCGCAGUACAGCUCUAAUGCUGACAACACUGGAAUAUGAUUGGCUGCUAAUUCCUCCAGCGCUUGGUAUCAACGUGUCAGACACUCUGCUAACUGUUGCUAGGAUCAAAGUCUAA